UUGGCCGAUCGAUCCAUGGACCGCCGGCCGCCGCUCGCCGUCUCCCCGCGUCGGCUCCGCCCGCGACCGAGCCUAGCCGCCGCCGGACGCCCGCCCUUGGCGUCCUCCGUCCACAUUCCCUCGCCAGGAUUUAGCAAGAAAGCUCAGACUCCGAUGCGCUCGUCCAUCUCGGCUCUGCCGCCGCCGUCCUACUCCUCCUACCUCGAGACCAGUCCGCGGCAGAAGCCGGACUUCACCGGUGCGACAAGAGCUGCGGGGAAGGAGAACCUCUUCUUCCACGACGACGGCGACGAGGAGGAGGAGGCGCCUUUCAACCUCGCCGACGCGACCACGGGUGACUGGACAUCGGCGGCGGUGGCGCCGACCUGCCCGUUGUUCGAGAGGGGCAGGCUCUACGACCUCUACUCGGCACGGCGCAACGAGCGGCUCAAGCGGAAGCACGGCUGGUACGCCGCCGGCGAGGAGGAGGCGGGGGCCAUGGCCGAGGACCCCUGCGUGGCCGUGGAGCUGUCGAAGAGGCGGGUCGCCAAGAAGGCGGCCGGACCCCCCGAGUCCCUACUGAGGAGGUCGAUGCCGGCAGCAGCGGCGGCAGAGUUCUCGCAGAGCUACAGGGCCGGCGGCGGCCUGAGCGCCAUGAGGUCCUCCCUGAGGAGCAGCAAGGAGAUGAAGAAGCCUUCCGCCGCGUCGUCCUGCGCCCCUGCCGCCAAGCUCUCCGCGGCCAAGGGCAGGAGGGUUGGCUCGCAGUCGUCGGUUCGCAGGAUCUGAUGAUGGUGCGUGUGCUGCCGCUGGGAUGGACAUGGCGGUUGUGUUCUUCUUCUUCGUUGGUUCAUCGUUCGAUGGUUGGGUUGUUGAUAAACAGUACUAGUACUACUACUAGUGUGGAUUUUGGAAGUGGUUUGGGGGCAAUAUAGCUGCGUAUCUUGGUUACAUAA